AUGUCCUUCGACGCCUCAGCCUCAUUAUCCAUCUCCGAUCCAAACGCCCGCGCCCUGAGCUCCUCAUGCUUCGACUUCCUACUCAUCGAACUGGUCCCCAUGGCCGAACGCCUUGCGAAAGACCUAGCUACACAAGAUAAUCCCGAAGAUGAGGAGGUUCGCGAGUCUACAUAUUUUCGUCUUGAGUCCCUGGGGUACCGGGUUGGACAGGGUCUUGCGGAGAGAUUCUCCCGAGAUCGCCCCCGAUUUACCGAUAACCUGGACGUGAUCAAGUUUCUCUGCAAAGACCUGUGGACGGUACUAUUCAGGAAACAAAUCGAUAAUUUGAAAACAAACCACCGAGGAGUCUACGUGUUGACGGAUAGCGCAUUCCGACCCUUUGCCAGGAUGAGUAUGGCAGUGCGUGCGGAAGCUAUAACGAUGGCGCAAGCAUACCUAUGGUUCCCUUGCGGUAUCAUCCGAGGCGCUCUCGCCAAUUUGGGCAUCAAUACGACUGUGCAGGCGGAGACGUCCGAGCUUCCAGGGGCAACGUUUCAAAUCAAGACGGUGCCCGCUCGGCCUUGA